AUGACAGUCAAAGAUCGUAGUGGUAGCACAUCAAGUAGUGGUGGUUUUAUUGGCACUUCAAAAAGUAGAAGUAACACCAUAGAUAACAACAAUAGCAAUAUUAAUAACAAUAAUAAUAAUAAUAAUAUUGCAGAAGUGUCAAAGUCAACAAUAGCAAUAAACAAUAAUGGAGCUCAACAACCACCACCACCACAACAACAACCAUCAUUAGUAGUAGAUAAUAAUAAUAAUAAUAAUAAUACAGAUAAUAAAAGAAUUAAAAUUAUUAAAAGUGCAUCAAUUACAUUAACAGAGACAAUAUCACCAAAGAAGAAACCAUAUACAGUGUAUAGGAUAGAAGUUGAAUUACAAGAUGAAUCAUCAAUUUAUACAGUGUAUAGAAGAUAUUCAGAAUUUUUAGAAUUUGAUUUAAAGUUACACUCUGCGUUUCCAUUAGCAAAGAUACCAUUCCCACCAAAGAAAGCAUUUGGUAAAAUGAAUAAUGAAUUCAUAGUUCAAAGAAAAGAUGAUCUUCAAAAAUUUGUAAAUUCAAUCUUUAACAAUGCUGAACUUGGUACUCAAUUAUCAACUCAUCCAAUCGUUGUAUCAUUCUUUGAAGCAAAUGAAUUUGAUAUUGAACAUUCUUUAAAUACUCGUAGAAUUAAUAGUAAUAAUAAUAAUAAUGGUAAUGGCAAUGGUAAUAGUGGUGGUGGUAGCAAUGGUGGAAUUAAUAGUAAUUAUAAUAGUUAUAAUAGUAAUAUAAUUGGUAGUAGUUAUGGUAGUAUAUUAAUGGUACCAAAUAGUAGUAGUAAUAUAGGAGCAUCGAAUAAAUCCAAUAAUAAUGAUAUUUUAGUGACAAGAUUUAUAAUGUCAACACUUUCUUUUUGGGCACAUCUUUUAGAUUUACCAUCAUUAUUAUCAUUAUCAGCCACAUGUAAUUAUCUAUUCAAUACGAUCUCAAGUUAUUCGGACCUUUGGAAAAUUUUAUACUAUGAACAAUUCUCACUAUUACAUCAUGAUCAACCACAUAUAACAGAUUGUCAAUGUCAAUAUACACAUACAUUAAAUCAUAAUUUAUUUUCAAAUGGUUCUUUCAAUAGUUUAAAAGAAUCUUUAUCAAAUUUAAAUAUUACUGAUAGUAAUAAUAAUAAUAAUAAUAAUACAACUAAUAGUACAACUAAUAAUAAUAAUAAUAGCAAUAAUAAUAAUAAUAAUACAAUUAAUAAUGGUGGAUUAGGUAGAUCUUCAAGUUUAAUAUCAUUACAUGAAACAGAAGAAGAAAUUAAAAAGGAUAAUAAUAAUAAUAAUAUUAUUACUAAUGGUAAUAACACAAAUCAACCUAAAAAAAUCAAAUGCCAUAAAUUAACAUCAUCACAAUCAUCACUCUCGACAUUAUCUUCAUUAUAUAUAUCAUCAAAUUUAAAUUUAAAUUCAUUCAAAAAAAAAGAAAAAGAGAUUGAAAAAGAGAAUCAACCAAACGAGAAAAAAGAAAAUAAAAAUGAAAAUGAAAAAGAAUUUGAAAAACAACAAGAAAAUGAAAAAGAAUUUGAAAAUGAAAAACAAAAGGAAAAGGAUAAAGAAACUACAAAUAAUAAUAAUAAUAUUAAUAAUAAUAAUAAUAAUAAUAAUAAUAAUAAUAAUAAUAAUAAUAAUAAUAAUAAUAAUAAUAAUAAUUUAACAAAUAUAAAUAGUAAUUUAAAUAAUAGUAUAAAGAAUAUAAAUCAAACAUUUUAUUUAAAUUCAAAACCAAUAGUAGAAUUUAAUAGGGUUUUAUUCCUACAUUUAUUAUCAACUCAUUUUAAAUUAAGAACUUGUAUCGAUAGUCAUAUUUCCGAUAGAUAUUGUGAUUGUUUUGCUCUCAAAUUUCGUGGUUCUAUCAUUGGUAUAACUGAUACUCCAAAAUCAUUAUUAUCCUCUUUCGACACUGUACAUUUAAAUAGUAAUCAAAACAACAACAACAACAACAACAACAACAACAACAACAACAACAACAACAACAACAACAACAACAACAACAACAACAACAACAACAACAACAACAACAAUAAUAAUAAUCAAAAUAAUAAUAAUAAUAAUCAAAAUGAUGAUAAUAAUCAAAAUAAUAUUAUUGAUAAUAAUUAUGAAAAGAAAAAUGAAUUAUCAGGAUCAGAAUCUGAUGAAAUCGAAUCAACAGAAGAAAGUGAUAAUGAAGAUGUUGAAGAGGAUUUAAAAAUCUCUCAUACCAUUUCAAAUAAUAAGAUAUUAUGUAUUCAAACAUUUAUAGAUUGUAGAGAGAAUAUUACGACCAAUGAAAGAUUAUUUAGUCUAUCGCAAGCUCACUUUGUUAUAAUCACAUUCUCAUUGAUUGAUAAACAAUCAUUUGAAGAUGUUUCAAAUAAGUGGUGGGAAGAUGUAAGAAAUGUUUGUUCAGAAGCACCGAUUAUAUUAGUUGGUUUACAUAGAGAUCAACGUGAGAAUUAUCAACCAUCCGAUCAAACUAUCUCUUAUCUUCAAGGUUUAGAAUUAUCUCAACAAUUACCAAAUUGUUUAGCUUACAUUGAAAAUCCUUCUGCUUCUGAUGGUGUUGGUGGUAAUAGAAAUUCCCUAUUAUCUGAAUUGUCUUCUCAAUUAGUUCAUUAUUAUAGAACUUCUGUUUUUAAAUAUGAAAUUAAAAAGAAUAAAUAUGAAAUUAAUAUUAAUUUCUUAUCAAAGAUUUAUCCAUUUUAUUCAAAUGAUUAUUUAUUCGGAGCAUUAUCAAGUUGGAGUGGUGAUAUUGAAAAAACUAUGGAAAUGUUAACAGAGAAAGAGAAUAAAGUAACAUCACCUUCAACUACACCAACACUACCAAUAAAGAAUAAAUCAAGAAGUAUGCAUAUUAGAAAUAGAAUUCCAAGUGGUAAAUCAAAAUCAACAUUAUCAUUUUCAACACCUGGUACAAAUAUACAAAAAUCACCAUCAAAAGGAAAAUCACAAACAAAUAAUAAUAAUAAUAAUAAUAAUAAUAAUAAUAAUAAUAAUAAUAAUAAUAAUAAUAAUAAUAAUAAUAAUAAUAACAAUAACAAUAAUAGUAGUAGUACUUCACCUACUAAUUCAAAAUGGGUAUCAUCUAGUUCAUCAUCACUUGGUUCAAGAUCAGAAUUAAGACAAAGUUGGAAUUUAGAAUUAGCAAAAAUGGAUAAACCAGAAAGAGAUAGGUUAAUUGAAGGUUAUUUUUCACUUUCACAAAAUAAUAAUAAUAAUAAUAAUAAUAAUAAUAAUAACAACAAUAAUAAUAAUAAUGGUUCAUUAGUAGCACCAAAAAGAGGUUCCAUAAUUAUUUUUAGUAGUAGUACAAAUGCUACAGCUGCAAGUUCUAAAAGUAGCUCAACCAUUGAUAAUAAUGAAAUAACAAAUAAUUUAUCAAGUUCAAAUGAUAAUAAUAAUACAAAGAGUUUAACAUCAUCAAAUGAUAAUAAUAAUCAACAACAACAACAACAAUCUGUAUCACCACCAUCACCAGCAACAAUUAGACAACAAAUUAGAAUACCAGAAGCACAAGUUAAUUCAUUAGUUGAAAAGUUAAAGAAAUCAUCAGUUGAUGAUUUUAUUAAAGGUUUUUUAAAAAAGAAAUCACAAAGUCAGGAUGCUUUAGCAGAGAUGAUCCUAUCAUUUAUGAGGGAAAUGAAAACAAAGAUUCAAAGUAAUCAAAUCUAUAGUUCAAUACCAUCAAAUCUUUUAAUGGAUUCAAAUAUUGAAGAGGAUAUAACCGCUCCACCUUUGGCUGAAAUUGAAAAUUAUCUAUAUCAAACCGUUUACAAAAUCGUAUUCUCAACGCCUGAUACUUUGGAACGUGAUACUCUCCUCUCUGAACGUAUGAGUAAAUUAGUAUUUGUCGAACCAAAACAUUUGGAAAUUUCGCCCAUUCAUUGUGAUAAAGAUCUUUGGUUUACUGCUCAACAAGAGUUACAAGCUUUAAAUGAACUUUAUUCACCUUCUCAAAAAUUAGAAUGUGUUUUAAAAUGUUGUAAAAUUAUUUUAUUUUUAUUAUCAAAUUCUGAUAGUCCAGGUGGUGCAGAUGAUUUCUUACCACAUUUAAUUUAUGUUGUAAUUCAUGCAAAUGUACCAAAUCUGUGUAGUAAUUUCGAAUUUAUAUCAAAGUUUUGUAGUCAAGACCAAUUGAAAAUGGAGAGAUACUACUAUUUAACAACUUUUGGUAUUGCCGUUACCUUUUUAGAGAAUAUCGAUGCCAAACAAUUGAAAAUCGAUCCAGACGAAUAUAAUGCCUAUAUGAGUGGAAAAAAGAAACCAAAAGAAUAUGAUCCAUCAAAAGCUAAAAUUAUGCAAAAACUAGGUAUCGAUGAAAAGACUGCUUCCUUGAUUGAAUUUUCUCCAAAGAAACACGGAAGAAAACCAUCCUCAAAUAAUGGAGCCAAUAGUAGUUUGGGUAGUGUCGAUGCAAAUGGUAAUAGUAUUAUAAGUGGAGAUGUAGAGAUUUUAAGUUCAAGUGUUGGUAGUGUCAAUAGUAACUAUAGCAUUGGAAAUAGUAGUAGUUUAGGUACCAAUGGCGUAGAUCAUUUCGAUGAUGAUAUCUUGAAACAAUCAACCAAUGAACAAUUAUUACCAAUUCAAUCUUGGGAUAGUCCCUCUACUGUUUUAGAGUCUUCCAAAGAUCUUUCAUUUGAUCUUAAAGAAGGUAAAAAACUAUUACUGCGUUUAAAUAAUAAUAACAAUAAUAACAAUAAUAAUAAUAAUAAUAACAAUAAUAAUAAUAGUAAUGGUGCUAAUAAUAUAAAUAAUAUAAAUAAUAAUAAUAAUACGAAUGAUUCAAAUAAUGAUAAACCCGAAGAAAUUGAAAAUCCUUUAUUUCAACCAUAA